CUAAUCGUGCCGAUGUUUGUUCCAUUUUGCUGAGGCUGUUAUAUAUACUAAGUCGAGUGAAAGUCUUUCAAAAGACAAUUAACAAACUUGUGAAAUGGCUACUCCUUACCAACCUCUGUUUCGAGAGACACCCAAGCAAAAUCCCAUAAUCAGCUGCAAGAUCCUCACUUUUGUCAUAACCUUUGUUGUUGCUCUCUUCUCAGUUGUUUUUCUUGUUGCUCCAUAUCAAUUUGAGCUUGAGCAUUCUAAAAUAUCAUCUUUACCUGCUCCACAACUAUGUGAGUCUGCACAAGACUCCCAACUCUGCCUCAGUUAUGUCUCUGAAUUAGUAUCCAAUGGAAUUGUUACAUCUGAUUCACAUGGAGUUGCUGUUCUGCAAAAAUUCCUAGUGAAAUAUGUCCAUCACAUGAACAGUGCAAUUCCAGUGGUUCACAAGAUCAGAAACCAGAUCAAUGACAUUAGUCAAAAAGGAGCUUUAGCUGACUGUCUUGAGCUCCUUGACCUGUCAAUUGAUUUAGUGACUGACUCAAUUGCAGCACUUGGUAAAACAAGAAGCCAUUUGGCACAUGCCAAUGCACAAGUCUGGCUAAGUGGGGUGCUUACUAACCACGUCACAUGUUUAGAUGGGCUUGAUUCCCUAAGUAACACUGCUUCAACUGGAACAAUUCUUGAAGAGUUGAUCUCAAGAGCCAAAACUGCUUUGGCAAUUCUUGCUUCUGUAACAACUGAUCCAAAUGAGGAAGUUUUCAGGCCUCUUUUAGGGAAAAUACCAUGGGUAAGUUCAAGUGACAGGAAGCUAUUGGAGAGUUCAGCAAAGGACAUUAAAGCUAAUGCAGUGGUAGCACAAGAUGGAUCAGGGGAUUAUCAAACACUUACUGAAGCAGUUGCUGCAGCACCAGAUAAGAGCAAGAACCGAUACGUGAUCUACGUCAAGAAAGGAACCUACAAAGAAAAUGUAGAGGUGACUAAGAAGAAAAUGAACUUGAUGAUUGUUGGCGAUGGCAUGAAUUCUACCAUUAUCACUGGUAGCCUUAAUGUUGUGGAUGGAUCAACCACCUUCCGCUCUGCCACUCUUGGUAAGUCUUCAGUUUAUCAGACUACUUAUUCCUUUUUCCUUAUUUGGUCAAAUUAG